CUAACGGUAAUCAUUCGCCUACCUAGUCGAUACUUUUUAGAAUUUAAUGUCGGUAGUCGUCACGAUCACGUUUUAAUAAAUUCCUUAACUCCGUAACGAUUGACGAGUGUCGGCUUACAGAAUCGAACUGCUGCAGGUGUUUGGUAGCGCGCGUUUUAACAUGGCUGCAGCUAAAAUAUAAGAAUCUGAAUAAAGUGCGGUUUCGAUUUAAUUUGUGUUCUUUUCACUUUUGAUCAUUUUCUUUCCUCGAAUGUAAGAUUUGAACAGCAGCUGGAAAAUACCAUUCCCAGCCACUCGAUCGCAGUGAAGGACGCGAUUCGACUUUCAGUAGAAGGCCUUCAUUCGGAAUUUGAUUGUGACAUUGAAGUUUAAUUGCACUGACAACUUUGCUGACUAUUAAACAGUAUAACAAAAUCCACCCGUGCAACUAAAAAAAAACUGGAACGAGAUUCACGGCUUAGUUACAAUAAAUAGGACAAGAAAAAAAGUGAUAUGAAUGCAGUAAAGAAAAAUAAAAAAAAAUUAAAAUUACCUAAUAAUGGGAAUGGGAAUGGAAGUUCAAGUAUGUCUGAAGAGCUAGUCCCACCUCACAAUGGAGAAGAAUCUCAAAGACUAGAUGAACCAAUACUUAUAUUGGAUUCAGAUGACAGCAGCAAUCAUAGCAAUCAAAGCAGUGUUCAGUCUAUAUCUGAUGAUGAAGGAGAACUAAAUACACAUGUUGUCGAACAAAUACCUCGAAGCAUUGAACAGUUGCCAAUAAUAUCUAGUUAUGGGUCAGUUGCUACUGGCUACAUGAGGGAAUAUUUUAUCAGAAAUGGUUUCCCUGUUUUUGUCAACCAUUUGACGAGUAUCAAUUUAAUUUCAGAUGAUGACGAUGAUCAAAUAUUGUGAUAAUGUUCAGGUUACGUGACAUUUACUAUAUGGCAAAUUAUACAAUUAAAGACAAGAUAGAAUUUUUUUACUUCUUUUUAUUUUCUGCUAUGUAUAAUUAUAAUAUUAUGAGUUAGGUCAUUACUAAUUUAAAUCUUCGACCAGAAAUAAAAUAAAAUAGUUCUUACACAAUUUUAUAAAUUGUAGCCAAUUACUUUUUAAGUUAUAAAAAUGUGCAUAAUUUAAUUUAUUUAAUAGUUUUAAUUUUAUAAAGACAGUUUAAGUAAAUAAAGAAAAUUUUGUUUUAUUAUUUGAUAAAAAUGCUUUAAAUAAAAGUUGUACAAAAUAA